GUUAACGUCAGACUAGAGCGCGAGGGAGGGCUCAGGGGAUCAAGAUGCACUUUCUCAGCUUCACACCCAUCCUGCUGCUCCAGCUCACCAACCUGCCAGUGCUGCACGCUGCCAAAUGGACAUACACUGGGCAAGAGGGACAGCAGUACUGGUCCAAGCAUUAUCCAUACUGUGGAGGAUCUUUCCAGUCUCCAAUAGACAUCGAGUCAGAGCUGCUGAGGUUUGACCCGACUUUGGGUCCAGUUGAGGUUCAAAACUACGACCUGUCGUCUGACGAGCAGCUUACCCUUGGAAAUAAUGGACAUUCUGUACAAUUAUCCCUGCCUCAUAAGAUGUACAUCUCCAGCCUGCCUCAUCGUUACACUGCAGCUCAACUCCAUCUCCACUGGGGCUCCACCAGCAAACCUGCAGGCUCAGAGCACCUGGUGAACAGUCAGCAGUAUGCAGCGGAGCUACAUGUAGUACACUUCAAUUCAGACAAGUAUCCCAAUAUGUCCAUGGCUGUAGACAAGUCUGACGGCCUGGCCGUGCUGGGUGUCCUGAUAGAGGUUGGAGAAUUUAAUCCAGCCUUUGAACACUUUUUGAAGUUCAUCAAUGAUGUCAAAUACAGCGAUCAGAGAGUGCAGAUUCCAGGUUUCAACAUCAGAGCACUGCUGCCUGUACGUUUGGAUGAGUAUUUCCGCUAUGAUGGGUCCCUGACGACUCCUCCGUGCUAUCCCAGUGUCCUGUGGACCGUGUUCAGGAAUCACGUGACAAUAUCUCACAAACAGUUCCUGGCCCUGGCGACAACCCUCUACUCCUCCCAUACCCAGGACUCAACCGCUGUGCCUCUGAACAGCAACUUCAGGAAACCACAGCCCGCUGACAGCCGAGUGGUGCUGGUAUCUUUUAAAGAGGGCAGAGGACUGCACGGUACUCUUACAGUCACAUCUCCACUCAUGAGGAAGCGAAUCAUCCAGCAGCUGCUGGUUGGUGACCUAGCAGACCUGGAGGAUGAAGGGCUCUAUCAGCUUCUACCGAGUGGCCCUGAGCAGCUCCGUGCUGGCAAGAAAAAUGACCUCAAGGACAAGCAGAGUGAGAGUCUGGCCAAAUACAAACAACAAACACUGAAUCCAUCCCUGCGGAAGAAGAGCCAGACAAACCGCUCUGUGGGAAAGUUUGGGCUGGCUGAAGACACGCUAAGCUACGUCUCGCUGGAGCAGAGAGUUUUCCAUCAGCUCAAACAGUCCCACUCUGAGGACCAGCUGGUUCAGGCUCUCAGAGAUGUCGUUUUCCCCGAGCUCAACCUUAAGAGCUACCUUGGCUGUAGGUCAGACUUAGCCCUCCCCACUAUCAAAAACAUUCUGCGCGGACGGCCAACCGAUGAGGCGUUUGAGUUGGAUCACUCACUGACGAAAGCCUUUAUGGGUCAGGGGAAGACUUCCACAGUGAUUAAGAAAAGUGUGCCAACGACAAAUUAUGGCCGUCCUUCCCCUGCUGCUCCCAGGAAACCAUACAGCCAGGGUUAUCCACAUCCUUGGCUUUUGCCAAUGGAGUGGGAAGACUAAAGAGGUUCCAGUCAUAGUUGAAAUUCACAUUAUGUCACAUUUCUGUAGCAGAUAUCAGUGAUGUCCCCCCACAACAAAAGACUCAUUUACAAGCCAUGUCUGCGUCUUUUGACCAAUAUUAUACAUGUAUUUAAUUUUAAAUUAUUCUUCCUGAACAAAGCAUAAAAUCUGACUUUUGCAUGACUUGACUUUAAUUAACCAGUCAUCGUCAUCGUCAGUGACUGUGAUUUCAUUUAAUUUAUUCAGAUCUCCAUUAGCAGUUGCCUAAGAAACAGCUAUUCUUCCUGGAGUCCACCAAAUGUGUUCAUUACUAUGAACACAUUCUGAAGCUUUGAGAUCAUCUGAAAAUAUACAAAAAUGUCUGUUCUUUUUCCGAUGGUCUUCCUGGUCUUUCUUUCAGUUCUUUCUGUGAUUUGAAAUAAACUCUAUAGAGCACAUAUUUCAUGCCUGGACAUCUGUAUGCGUCAAGGUAUAUAUAGUUUGCAAAACAUCUGGUAAAAGAUAUUUAUACCGUCAUAAUGUACGACAACUAUAAAGUAUGCUUACGAUACUUGUAAUUAUCGUCUUGCACAAUAUAGAAAUGCAACUUAACCAAAGGUAUUCGCAGACAUUUCAUUGCUCAACUUCACAGUACCGUGUUUUUGUCACACCAUUUUUUCUUCUGUUCAAAAUACUGCUCACAAUAAGUAUGAAAAAAAGCGACUGUA